AUGUCCGCCGAAUCCCUUCCCAUCAGCCCCGCCGCCUUCGCCGAAGCCAUCAAAGAGCUUCCCCUCCCUGUGCUCUACGCGAAAGUCUCCGAGAUCCGCAACUCCAUGGCACACCUCCACCGCUCCAACCAGGAACUGAGGACAUUUAUCAACGAGUCAUGUGACACGGAAGCCGAAAAGCAAGAACUCGAGGUCUAUAUCAAGGAGAACGAGGACGUCGCGGUGUCGAUGCUGGAGAGGAUCGAGCUACUGAAGACAGAGGUGGAGAACAGGGGACAGAAAUGGAUUGAGCUGGACGAUCCGGAGAAGGAGAAAGCAAAUGGGGAAGCGAAUGCCAAUGGAAAUGGGAAUGGAACGGUAGAAGGGACGGAGGAGCUACCAACUACCUCACCUACUGCCAAGAGUGUCGCAAUGUUGCAACUUGAAGGCUAUUCAAUCCCUGCUGUCCGUUCAGCCCUCUCUACUGAAUACGGUCAAAGCAUGAGAGACGUCACGCCGCUAAUUGUCUCCAUGCUAGUUGAACUAUCUAGUCCUCCCGGAAGAGGGGCCCUACGUUAUCUUCAUGCUAAUUGUUCAUAA